AUGAUACAUGCUAAUGGCACUGCGAAGCGUUGCGCGCCCCAGAGAAUCUUGAACGAUGCAGUCGGAGUGACCAAAAACAAAGAUGGCCAUGAAAAGACCGACUACACAAGAUGGAGGCUGAAAGCCGUCCGUGGAUGUCAAACAUGGCAUUAUCUGCAGACCGACGAGGAGAUGAAGGCUUGGCCGCAGAGCACGGCCGACAAGUACUUCCUAGGUCUCGACACUGAACAACCAAAACUCAAGCCUGCAAGGACCCCCCUCGAAGCGGCGGAUAAUGGCCUCUCCUUCUUCUCUCAACUCCAACUCCCCCCGGGCAACUGGGCCUGCGAAUACGGUGGCCCAAUGUUCCUGCUCCCCGGCCUCGUCAUCACCUGGUAUGUCACCGAGACGCCUGUUCCAGCCUCCCAUGCAAUCGAGAUCAUCAACUACCUCUUUGCGCGAGCACAUCCAGAAGAUGGCGGGUGGGGACUACACAUUGAAGGUGAGAGCACCGUGUUUGGAACGUCCAUGAGCUACACCGUGCUCCGUCUACUAGGUGUGAGUGCCGAAGACCCAAGGAUGCGCAAAGCGCGAGAGACACUGUGGAAGCUGGGUGGCGCGCUCAACGCGCCACACUGGGCCAAGUUUUGGCUGAGCGUCUUGGGCGUGACGUCCUGGGAUGUUGUCAAUCCAUGUCCACCCGAGCUGUGGUUGCUUCCAGACUGGGUGCCUAUUGCGCCCUGGAGGUGGUGGAUUCACAUGCGCCAGGUCUUCCUGCCCAUGUCAUAUGUCUACGCAAAGAAGUGGUCGUAUCCGCUAAAUGAUCUCAUCCGCCAAUUAAGGGCAGAGCUCCUCAUGCAGCCAUUCGACACCAUCAAUUUUGGGGCACAUCGGAAUUCGAUUUCACCCGUAGAUAACUACCAUCCCAAGUCUACUUUCCUCAAGGUGUUGUUCUGGUUCUUGGUUGCCAUAUGGUGGCCUUUCCUUCGCACUGAGCGAUUAGCGAAGCGUGCAGAGGAGCAUGUACUCUGGCUCAUUCAAGCUGAGGAUGAGAACACCAACUAUUCAAACUUGGGCCCGGUCAAUGGUCCCAUGAAUACAUUGUGCAUGUACAUCAGAGACGGUCCUAAUUCUCAUGCUUUCCGUGAGCAUCUCAAGACACUCCCAGAGUUCAUGUGGAUCAAGGACGAAGGUAUGCUUAUGAAUGGCACCAAUGGUGUUCAAUCAUGGGACACUUCGUUUGUGAUUCAGGCUGUCGAAUCGUGUGGCUGGUCCAAGGAAAAGAAGUGGGAACCUAUGCUAAGGAAAUCGCUCGAGUUCCUGGAGGACCAGCAAAUUCUUGAGGAAACCAGAGAUCAACACGCAUGCUACCGCCAACAGCGUAAAGGUGCGUGGGGUUUCAGUACACGCAAACAAGGAUACACCGUCAGCGACUGCACUUCAGAAGGACUCAAGAGUGUCUUGAUUCUGCAAAACGACAACCAAUACCCCCAACUCAUCGACGAGCGCCGCAUUAAAGAUGCCAUCGACAUCCUCCUCACCAUGCAAAACGCCUCUGGCGGCUGCGCCUCGUACGAACCCACCCGUGGCAGUAUCCUCCUCGAGCACCUCAACGCCGCCGAAGUCUUUGGCCGCAUCAUGAUCGAGUACGACUACCCCGAAUGCACCACGGCCGUCGUAACCGCACUCCACAUGUUCCAGCAGCACUACCCCAACUACCGCGCUGCCGAAAUCUCCGCCUUCUGCGACCGCGCCGUAGCCUACAUCCGCGACGCCCAGCGGCCCGACGGCUCCUGGUACGGCAGCUGGGGCAUCUGCUUCACCUACGCCGGCAUGUUCGCCCUCGAAUCUCUCAAGUGCUCGGGCGAGCAAUACAACAAUUCCGAGCGUGUACGUCGCGCAUGCCAGUUCUUCCUCGACAAGCAAAUGGAUGAUGGCGGGUGGGGCGAGACGUACAAGAGCUGUGAGGAUGGUGAGUGGCGGCAGCAUCCGCAGAGUCAGGUUGUGCAGACUGCGUGGGUCAUUAUCGCCAUGCUUGAGGCUGGGUUUCCCGACAAGGAGCCUCUGAGGAAGGCGGUGAAGUUGAUUAUGCAGAGGCAGCAGGAAAAUGGGGAGUGGUUGCAGGAGGCGAUUGAGGGGGUAUUUAAUAAGUCUUGUAUGAUUUCUUACCCCAACUACAAAUUCAUCUUCCCUGUCAAGGCCCUAGGCAUGUAUGCGAGGCGCUUUGGAGAUGAGGCUAUUCUUUGA